GCACUUUGUAAUAAACAACUAAUUUUUGUUAAUGAAAACAGUGAUGGCCGGUACAGAGGGCAUGUCGGGGCCAGUAACGGAUGAGUCUCUGUCUAGCAGGCUACAGUGGCUACGUCAGCGUCGAGAGGCAUUGAACGACAAACUUACCCAAAAGAACAACGAACUGAAAAAUCUUUGCAUCGAAGAAGCUGAACUCACUGGGGUAUUACCCCCUGAAAUACCUUUGGAGCCUGGAGAAAAUCCACCAAACUUUAGAAAGAGAGUCGGAACAAGCUUUAAUUAUUCUCAAAAUCUCAUUAAUAAAUUGAAAACUAACGGAGCUGAGGAGUCUACUUUAGAAUUGGAACGACAAGUACAAAUUAAUAUAGCGGAUGCUGCUCUCGUUGUCUUAAACGAUCCCUCGGAAAAUAAAGCUGUUAGGCGCAAACAUCGUUCAAUAUAUCAGCAAAGUCAACGGCGGCUACAAGAGCUUAAUGCUCAGCUCAAUUUUAUUAGACAGAGUCAUGGAGGUGGCGCAAGGCAUACUCAAUCUGUUCAUAUUCCACUUCAUAGUUCGCAGCCACAUCUGCAGGCAACUACGAAGCACAGAACAAAAAAGCCUCGACCUCCAUUAGACACUUCGGGAAAAGAUCUAAGUCCCAAGAUGGAGUCCUGUGGAUUUCUUCAAGAAGGUGGCAUAAGUCUAAGUCCACUCGGACCCGAGCACAACUACAAUUCCUACUCCAGCUAUGAUUUUCAAGAUCUCAGUGGUCACAGCUACCUCCAGCCAGGCUCCAACAAUAGCGCUAAUCAAAAUCGCAUGACCUAUCAUGCUCCUAGUCCAGUGGAUCACAGGAGGCCCAACGUCAAAUUCUUGGAGCACGAUCUCAAUGCCAAUAACAAUAUGUAUGUCGCGCCGGAUCUCUUUCGCAGUCGCGCCUACUCCCAAGGCGGCAACAGCGCUGGUAGCAAUAGUCCCCAUCACUUUCCAGAACGGGCUUAUCGUCCAAUACCCAGCACGUACUCCGACGAGGAAAGACAGAUUCACUAUCGGCAGCUGAAGGUCAAAAAGCAGGAAAAUGAUGAGAUUAUGUGUGGUCAACAGUAUCCGGAGCCAAAGUACCUUGACAAUGAAUUGCAUCGAAGAUCAGCCCAAAUAUCUUACGAUACCGAUAUCAAUGCUGCACGUUAUGAUAAUCAGAUUCACGAUUUUCCAGCACAUUAUAAUCAUGGUAAAUUGCAACAACCGCCAAUGAUUCUACGAUCAAGGGAUAAUGUAGAUAAUGCCACGAUUGGAUCGGAUCAUAAAGUUAGUAAACCAGCGGUUGACACGUACGUCCCCCCCGGUUAUUGGAUGCGCCUCGAUGAUGAAAUUGUCUGGUGCACGGAUGAGCAAGCGACCGACAGAUUUGGUAGUCUCGACCGCCGAAAGCAAAAUGCCAUUCACCAUCCACCUAAUUCCGAGACACAAUCAAGGUAUCACACUGUCGCUUUGGGUGGCAAAAAUGCUGCGAUAGCACAUUUGAGACAACAUCCACUUCAGUCGCAGGUACAGGGGUCGGAGUCGAAGAAAUCACCGAGCAGUCGAAUUCUACUGCGUACCCAGUCGCUCGGGAGCGUCGAGAGUUGGCAGCCUCAGGCCUCCGGCGGCUCCCACGAUGGUUCAUCGUCGGCCGAGGGUCGCGAGUCCGUCGACGGGAGCAGUCGCGGCUGUAUGUCCUCUGCCAAGUUGAAAGAGAAGGAAUGGUACGAGACGUCUCUCGACUCGAACGCGGCUGCGACCGUACCACCAGCCAUUACCCAGCAGCAGCAGCGGGCGUUGAGGCGCGCCUCCCAUCACAACUCCUUCGUCGGACCACUGACCAAGGAGCGCGCCCCAGUGCGGAGCAAUUCCAUACCUUCCAACAGGAGAGCAAGAGAGCAGCAGCAACAGCAGCAACAGCAACAACUGCAGCAGUCACAGCAGCUUGAGGAACAGCAACAGCGAGUGCAAAGACCCGCUUUGCUGCAAAAUAGAUACGUCGACAACCGCGUGCUGGAAAUACCAGCCGAGUCAAAGUCCUCUCUCGGAUCUCAAGAGAAUGGCAAUGAAUCCAUUAUUCCGUUAAAUUCAACAACGAUCGUGCAGCCUGGCAAAUAUCAACCAUAUAGAGAAGUAACGAAGCCUUUUGAAAUGUCAGAUUUUUAUAAAUAUUCAACAAAGUUUCGUAAAAGGGUGGAAGCAAACUCUAUAAAUGAGCAGCAAAUGCAGAAAUCAACUAACUUAAAUACUCAGAAUGAUCAAAAUCAAGCAAACAAUCCAAUGCAAAGAAUUCAUCAACCGGUGCAACGAAACGCUUGUCCACCAUACACUUUAAGAUAAUAGCUACUUCUAUUUGAAAAAUUAAACAUUUUAAUAGAAUGUGAUUUUAUCAAUUAUUUUAAAAUAAACUUUC